AAUCACCUGGCUCGGUGCAGAGCUGAGUGUCGAUGUGGCCAUCGUGGUAAUUGAAUUGGACUGCGUACUGUUCGAUUUCUGGGAUCACCGGUGGCUGAAAUGUACAUUUAUUCAUCAGCAGCAGAUCAGACUGAAAGGGGAAUCGAGAUCCUUUGAUGUGUCGUUGGGAGGAAUAUUGGGAAACGCGAGUCUGAACGGAUGUACAGACGGAUGUACGAACGUGCAACGACCCGUGGAACGAAACGAGUCGAAAAUUGAUAGAGGGGGAAUCGUUGUUACUUGCGGUGUUCCCCCAUUGUUUGCUUUCCUCUGUCGUCAUCUGCGAGGGAAACUCUUCCUCACGAAGACGUGCCGCUCGAUGAAAGAACACGGGCCGCCAAGUGGGAAGACAAGAGACAGAACGAAAAUAAUCGAACGCGUUUGAGAAAACGUCGUUUUCCCAUGUAACACGGAAGCCUACACCGGUUAUCGAUUGAUCGCCGGUCAUCGCUCAUUUGUCCGCGUUUAUUCUUCCCUCAGUCGCGCCCUACAGAGUCGCUUCCUCCCCCGCCCAGUUAACGAAAAGUCGGCCUAAACUCAGCCAGUCCGGUGCCUUUCGACUGGCAAGCAACCGAAGUACGAGCGUGGGACGCGUAGAAUCGGGACACUCGAUUUAUAUACCUAAAUAAAGAGAGAGAAAGAGAGAGAGAGAGAGACAGAGAAAGAAAAUAAAGGCGAAGAUAGAGAAGAUAAAAGUCUCUCGAAAUCCUCGAAGAAGAAACGCCUGGAAGGAAGGAAGAAAGGAAGGAACGGUAUUAUUCGGUUUCGAUUCGAAAGCCAGCCCGGUUAAAACCGGUGGAAACGUAUACAUAUAUGAUGGCGGUGUGCAUGUUUUGGCUUCUCACGUACGUGGGACAAGGCCUGGACCUGGCCGUGGGCAAUCGUCCGGUGAUCAUAAUGCAGGGUGCACAGGAGCAGCAGGACUAUCGGCACGGUAGCGGUAUCAGAAAGAAGAGCGAGUUGAAUUCGGUAGGCAAUAACCUGUUGCACUUCAGAAUAUAUCCUCCCGAGGCCUCUCACAGGGACGACCUGUCCAAUUGGCUCCUAUUGAACGACGAGCCACGGAUCUCCUCGUGGACGCCAGCCGGCAUAUUGAUCGACGAUAUGAUCAGGGAGCCGAGGGAGCUUCAGACCGUAUUUUUCGCCCUGUCCCCAGCUAUGCUGAACACGCUCUACUCGGAGUACGUGAACACCGCCGCCUCGCAACCGGCCGACCACUUUCUCCACGAGGAUCAACAGCAACAAGCCGUUGGGGGUCCGUUGGUUGGCCAACGCGGCAAAAAGCUGCGUAUCGACUGUAGACACUCUAGGAACACGGUCAGCCUGCCUAUAAGAGUGUGCGACGACGAGAAGACGACGGGGCGGAACGGCCUCCAAGAAGCCAGACAAUCGAAUUACGACGAUCUCUUCGAGCAGAAAUUGAACACUGCUGCUAAUAUGAAGACUGACCCAACGUCACGGGGAUCCGAGAAGCUUCAACGGGAUUAUCAGAAUGCCGCGACGUUUGUCCCGAGGCCACCGUUGUUCGGCCUCGACGCGGGCAAACCUCCCGGAAAGAGGAGCCAAACUCCUGUUGGACGCCGCUCAAUCGACCUCUCAGGAGAGUCGGCCCCGCAUCAAGCUCAACCGCCGUCCUCCCUCGGGAACGGUAUCAGCGUCGCUUCUCAACUUAUGCUCAGAUCCACCAGGGGAAGCAUACAGUACGACGUACCGCAAAUCGAAUGUCCUAUCUCAGAGGACGGGAUGGAAAGGUUUGCGUGUCCCUCAGCGGACAGAAUGGGUAGAUACCAUUGCAUCGACGAUCACGCCUUGUGCGACGGUUUCAUAGACUGCCCUACAGGCGAAGACGAGGACAGGCAAGCCUGCAUGUUUUACAAAACUACGAAAGCUCACCUUGACGUAUUGGCAGAUGCCAUUUUGCGAUGGGCAAGAGGACGCUAAUUCCUUUGUUGACGAUGAACCUCUGACCUGCAUAAAAUCAUAAGUCUGACGAGUUUACUUCUUUAUACAUUCACCUAUACAUAUAUAUAUAUAUAAAUAUAAAUAUAAUAUGUAUAUGAUAUAUAUUCCCAUAUGUAUGUAUACGUGUACACAUGUCUCUCGUGUACCCGUACACAUAUUCAGGGCUUUCGUUUCGUUGCUGGCGAACGUUUCUCUUGCGAGCAGCACGAGAGGGGGAUGAAGAGAGAUGAGAUCGUUAUUUUUUCCCUUCGAGAGAGAAAAAAAAAUGCAAUUUAAGAAAGGAAAUUUUAACAUUUGUUUGAAAAAAAGAUGAAGAAAAAAAAAUUAUAAUCGACAGUUGGAAUAUAGAUUGGGAGUGGGAUGAGGAUCGUUUGAAUAUCGGAUACGAAAAUUGUAAAUUUUAUGCAGUGUCUCUUGUUCAAUACAUACAUGCAUAUAUAUUUUUGCUAAAUAUUUGUCGUUCACAGCUUUCGUUGGCUAUCGAAGUUCAACUAUCAAAAUUCGUUAAAAAUUUCGAAAAUUCGAUCUUGAGACGUUUUUUAAAACCUUUGCCUAAGCAUCGAAGUAUCUUCUCUGAAAAUUUGAAAUUUUUAGAUGUCACGGUAAAUGUUUUUUCUAAAAAAAUCGAUAACUUCCUUAUUCGUAAUACUAGAAUUUUUAUACUCUUCGUUUGAUCCUUGUGAGCAUAUUUUCUUAGUGUCUUGAAAAGAAUUGCUAAAUGUUAUUUCGAAAAAAAAAAUCUUCGAGAUCGUAUCAAUGGAGAUGCAGACAAUUCAUGUGUAUUAAUGAAAAUAUUAAAUUGGUUGGAAAUAAAUGGCUGAUUGAAAUACCGUGUUCAUUGACUGGAUAUGACGUGUUAAUAUUAAUUAUUCAUAAGAAUUUUCGACUCUCUGUUAAAGAUUUAACAGAGAUUUUGAUGAUCUAACGUUUUAACCGUUAAUUUUGUAUAUCUAUAAUUGAAUGUUUAAUAGAUUUGAUAGAUAACAAUACCUUUUUAAAAUCAUUGCAGAAAAAACAAAAUGAAAUUGAAAACAAUUUUUUGAAAUAGAAGAACUUUGA